AGUUGAGUAGUUAGGUUAGCAAAGGAGUCCAGGGCAGUCUGAGUGGGACAUCAUGUAGGUUAUCACAGACUGUGUGACUUUAGAAACUCAGACCUCGGUGUUUUCUCCCUCUCUUUGCUCAUCUGGAAACUCAUCUGCGUUUUUUUUUUUUUGAAAAAAAACUUCCAACCGACAAUCAUGUUCCUGCGCGGGUCUAAAAAGCGACGGUCGAACCGCUCGCAGGAGGAAGAGGACCCAGAUAGAGGGCAGCCCUGUAUGCGCUGUGGAGACCAGUGCCCCGGCUUCCGUGUCCACGGCUGGAGGAAGAUCUGUGUGCACUGCAAGUGUGUGCGAGAGGAGCAUGCGGUGCGCUCAGUGCCGGGCCAGCUGGAAAAGAUGAUGACGAAGCUGGUAUCAGACUUCCAGAGACACUCCAUCUCCGACGACGACUCGGGCUGCGCCUCAGAGGAGUAUGCAUGGGUGCCACCUGGGCUCAAGCCCGAACAGGUAUACCAGUAUUUUAGCUGCUUGCCAGAGGACAGGGUGCCUUAUGUGAACAGUCCAGGGGAAAGAUACCGAAUCAAACAACUGCUGCACCAGCUUCCAGCCCACGACAGUGAGCCACAGUACUGUAACGUGCUUGACGAGGAGGAGAAGAAGGAGUUGCGUUUGUUCAGUCAACAGAGGAAAAGAGAAAACCUCGGCAGAGGCGUCGUCAGACUCUUUCCAGUAACUAUGACUGGAGCCAUCUGCCAGCAGUGUGGGAGACAGAUCUGCGGUGGAGACAUAGCUGUGUUUGCCAGUCGGGCAGGAAACGGCAGCUGCUGGCACCCUCAGUGUUUCCAGUGCGCCUCCUGCAUGGAGCUUCUGGUCGAUCUCAUCUACUUCUACCAGGACGGACAGAUCUACUGCGGCCGGCACCACGCUGAGAGGCUCAAGCCCCGCUGCCAGGCCUGCGAUGAGAUUAUUCUAGCGGAUGAAUGUACGGAGGCUGAAGGAAGAUACUGGCACAUGAAGCACUUCUGUUGUUUUGAGUGUGAGGCAGCGCUGGGCGGUCAGCGUUACAUCAUGAGAGAGAGUCGACCGUACUGCUGCUCCUGCUACGAGUCGCUGUAUGCGGAGUACUGCGAUACCUGUGGAGAACACAUAGGUAUCGACCAGGGCCAGAUGACAUAUGAGGGUCAGCACUGGCACGCUGUGGAGUCGUGUUUCUGCUGCGCCCGCUGUCAACUACCUCUGCUGGGGCGUCCCUUCCUCCCUCGAGGGGGGCUCAUCUUCUGCUCCAGGCCCUGCUCUCUGGGAGAGGACCCCAAUAACUCUGACUCCUGUGAUUCGGCGCUGCAGAGCAGACCACCUCAGCAUAGACGCUGUGGGACAGCAGAGAAACACCUGCAGCCCCAAUGUGGUUCUCCACUGCAGCCACUAGAGGGCAUCAACCUCCCUAUAACUCCUGCAAAAGACUGCAUUCAUACUGCAGUGGAAAACAGAGGUGUUCACUGCACUGCUCCAGUUCAAAAUGGAGUUCCUUCAUCCAGUGGUCAUCCUCAUCCAAGAGGCUCCUACUCACCUCUUCCCCACAUUCAUCUAGGAAAUGGCCUAGGACCGUCUUGGCCCAGCGACCUUCCACAUUACAGUUUACUGCCAGGAGACUGUGGUAUCAAACCAGCUGCCAGUGGGGAGCUAAAUGGAAAUACUGGACACCCCCUCACUAGUAUCAACUCAAGAGGAACCUCUACUGCUAAAGACUGUAGGAACUGGGUGGAAAGGACAAAUCAAGUUAUGCAAGUGUUUCCUCUCCAGAAAAAUUCAGCGUCACACACGAACCACCUCAUUCCACCGGACUCGCCUCCCCUCCCGCCCAGCAACACGUCCAUCCUCCCACCUCCUCUGCCCGUCAAGUCGCGUGACUUGAUGCCACAGGAUUCACCCCCGCCGAUCCUCCCCCAACCAGAGGACGACGGACCCUCUGAUUCUCCGCCCCCGCAGACUCGCAGCGGGACAGCCAGGGUCAGCUUCAGAGAACCGAUCAGCAGCAGCUAUUCUGUUGAUGAGGAUGAUGAUGAUGAUGAUGAUGAGCCGCAAGAGGGUGAGGAAAACCAGCAGGACGAAGAUGAGGUGGAGGGAGGUUUCGGAAGCAGGUUAAAUCUACAGAAAGGCAUUCCACCGCAGAUGGAUCUACUGGAUGGAUCCUCUUACCACCAGCGCAGUCUGCGGCGAGGGUGGAGUCGUUGCCGUAUACCCUCCGACCCCGCUCUCCACCCGGGCAGAGAGCGGCACUCCCGGCGCUCGCGGCCCGACCGGCCUCGGCUGGACACCCUGGACUGGAGAGGCGAGAAAGAGAGCCGGGGCUCCGCCAUGGCCUCCUCGUUGACCCUCCAGCCGGGCCAGUACAAACAUGAAGACUCCUGUUCUACGUGCUCCUCAUCCUCAGACUCGGAGGAAGAGGGCUUCUUCCUGGGACAGCCCAUCCCUCUGCCCCCGCAGCUCCGAAAACACCAACCUGAGGAGGGGAAAGAAGGAGAGGUAGAAGACGACAGGGAGGCACAGAGAGACUGGGGACUGAGAGGCAGCAUGAGGCGGAGAAGAGCUCAGAGUCUCGGUGCAAAGGACAAAGAUAAAAACUGUGCCAUCUCCUAACCCGAAACAUAGCAUCUUAUUUUUAUUUUUUUUUUAAGACAACAAGAAGAACUAACACACUACUUGGCAAAGGGAAGUAAAACAAACCUCAAAAGAAAAGUCACUACCUUACAUUUAUGGUAGCGACUUCUUUAUCUUGCAAACUUUGAGAUGUUACAGUGUAGAGAACAUUGUUCACAGUGUAUGAAUCAUGAGUAGUGAUAAAUGUGGAAUGAUUAUCAGCAAUGUUUAUAUUUUUAUUAUACUUUAACAACCAGCCCAUGACUCAGACCUCUGUUGCAAUGUGAGAGGCUGUGAAAUGUUACUGCUUUUCAACAUUUCCAUCAUUUCCAUAUGCAAACCUUCAGUAGCAGGUAUGACCAGAAACUGACAGCCAGUUGUUUUCAACCACACUCCUCCUCGUGUCUAACUGUUAACUCUACUUUAAUCAUGUUUCUGUGCUCUUAUGUGCAAUUUUACACGGCUGUAAUAUGUUACAGAUAUGAAUACUAAAAGGCCAAAUAUUAUAGGAUGGAGCAUGAUGACUCCCAACAAACUGUGGUAGAUUAAUACUUUGAAAAUCAAAAGGAUUAUCAAAGUAUUUUUGGGAGGUGAGGAGGGGAGGGUUGUUAUCUGUGUUGUAUAGUCCAAACAAAAUAUUGCAAAAUCUGUAUUCACUUUUUAAGUCUCUAAUCAAAAAAAACACUUGUAUGGCUUUAACGUCAUUUAUUUUUAUAUUCUCGGUGUAGGUCACUGUUCUUUACUGUUUUGUUUGGGUUAAAAGCAAGAUUAUAAUGAUAGUUUCUGUUUCUGAUUGGAGUUUUGAGACUGUUUUAUGGUGACAAUAAACUUGAUGAAGUUGUUAAAAGUUUCCAUUAUUUCUACUACACUUAAUAUCUUUACCACAAUCAAAACAGACCUUUAAACAGCUUAAAGUCUUCCGGCAUGUGCUGAAUAAUGAAAUAUGAGUUGACUAUUAACUGAAUUAUGGCAGCAGAAAACAGAAAGUGCUUAUCAUCCAGCAGCACAGGAUAAUGGCACGGAGUCAUGUGGCCAAAUUGUUUCCUUGUAGGAAACUGAUUGGACCAAUCAGCAAGAAGGGGCGGGCUCUGGAGGGGCACACAUGAGUUGUCAAACAGGUUUGCCUUGAGCUGUUAAGUGGUUUCAAACACAUUCACACACAUUCACCUCAGUAGGCGAGCACAGCUUAUAUGUGGGACUUAAAAGAGAAACCCAGGAGUUCAACAGGAGUCGUCAAGGAUAUCCAAAUGUCAAGGAAUUGAGAUGCUGGGGUUACAUCUGUU